GGGCGGAAGUGGGGCGGUGGUGGCGGCAGCGGCGGCGGACCCGGGGCCAUGGAGGAGCCCGGCCCCGGUCCGGCCGCGGAGAGCCCGGCGGAGCGCAGCGCCCCGGGAGCGGAAGGGGAGCCCCUCCGUGGCGCCUACACCGCCUUCAUGAAGUCACACCGCUGCUACGACCUCAUCCCCACCAGCUCCAAACUCGUCGUCUUCGACACUUCCCUUCAGGUGAAGAAGGCUUUCUUUGCACUGGUCACCAAUGGCGUGCGGGCAGCCCCGCUGUGGGACAGCAAAAAGCAGAGCUUUGUGGGCAUGCUGACCAUCACUGACUUCAUCAACAUCCUGCACCGCUACUACAAGUCGCCCAUGGUGCAGAUCUAUGAGCUGGAGGAGCACAAAAUCGAGACGUGGAGAGAGGUGUACCUGCAGGACUCCUUCAAGCCGUUGGUCUGCAUCUCCCCCAAUGCCAGCCUUUUUGAUGCCGUCUCCUCCCUGAUCCGCAAUAAGAUCCACCGCCUCCCCGUCAUCGACCCCGACUCGGGCAACACUCUCUACAUCCUCACCCACAAACGCAUCCUCAAGUUCCUCAAACUCUUUAUUGCAGAGGUCCCAAAGCCUGAGUUUAUGGCCCGGACUUUGGAGGAGCUGCAGAUCGGUACCUACAGCAACAUCGCCGUGGUGAGCACCAGCACUCCCAUCUAUGUGGCUCUGGGCAUCUUCGUGCAGCACCGCGUCUCCGCUCUGCCCGUGGUCGAUGAUUCGGGGCGGGUGGUGGAUAUCUACUCCAAGUUCGACGUUAUCAAUUUGGCAGCUGAGAAGACCUACAACAACCUGGACGUGACGGUGACGCGGGCGCUGCAGCACCGCUCCCAUUACUUUGAGGGCGUCCUCAAAUGCUACAAACACGAAACCUUGGAAGCCAUCAUCAACCGCCUGGUGGAGGCCGAGGUGCACCGUUUGGUGGUGGUGGAUGAGAGCGACGUGGUGAAGGGCAUCGUCUCCCUCUCGGAUAUCCUCCAAGCCCUGGUUCUCCCAGAGGGCUCUGAGCCCUGACUGAUGCUGUGGGGGGGUGGGGGGGGCUCUGCCCAUCCCGCUGCCCCCCACCCUCCCCUCCUGCCCCGGGGGGGUCCCAUUCACCAGCAGCAACAGCAGCAGCAAUAACCGCCAGCUGUGGGGCAUGGACAGCCUCUGCCUCCCCCCAUGCUGGGCACCGUGGCAGGCAGCCCCCAGCCCCUCAGUGUGCUCCCUAUGGGGCACUGACCCCGGUUGGGGGGGUGGGGGUGGGGGGGCUGCAUGGAGCCAGGCUGGGCUGGGGGUGUCCCGGCCUCACAUAGGUUUAUUUUUCCCCCAUACUUUGCUCCCCCCCCCCCCCCCCCCCCCUCCUCACUGCCACCGCUUUGUGUGCGGAGAGAAGCAGCAAAUAAACACAGACCUGGCACCAA